AUGCGUCCCGAAAUCGAGCAGGAGCUCGCCCAUACGCUCCUCGUCGAGCUUCUAGCAUAUCAGUUCGCCUCGCCGGUCAGGUGGAUUGAGACCCAAGAUGUCAUUCUCGAGGCCAACAGGACCGAGAGAAUAGUCGAGAUUGGCCCAGCAGACACUCUCGGUGGAAUGGCAAAGAGAACCCUGGCCUCAAAGUAUGAAGCAUACGACGCAGCCACCUCCGUGCAGAGAUCAGUUUUGGCAUAUAACAAAGACUUGAAAGAGAUUUACUACGAUGUCGAUCCAGUCGAGGACGAGCCGGCUCCCGCCGCCGCCUCUUCCUCUGCUGCUCCCGCUGCGCCAACACCUGCCCAAGCUGCUCCAGCUGCAGCUGCGGCCCCUGCACCACCCCCCAGCGCCGGCCCGGCCGCUGCUGUCGCUGACGCUCCCGUCGGAGCUGUCGAUAUUCUGAGGGCUUUGGUCGCCCAGAAACUGAAGAAACCACUCACGGAAAUCCCCCUCAGCAAAGCUAUAAAAGACCUUGUCGGGGGCAAGUCUACCCUCCAGAACGAGAUCUUGGGCGAUCUCGGUAAAGAAUUCGGCUCCACACCCGAAAAGCCAGAAGACACUCCUUUGGACGAACUAGGUUCCGCCAUGCAGUCUACGUUCAACGGCCAGUUGGGCAAACAGUCACAAUCCCUCAUUGCUCGUUUGGUCUCUUCGAAAAUGCCCGGUGGUUUCAAUAUCACGGCUGUCAGAAAACACUUGGAGACUGCAUUUGGGCUGGGCGCUGGUCGGCAAGAUGGUGCACUCCUGCUUGCCUUGACAAUGGAACCCGCCUCUCGGUUGGGCUCUGAGAAUGAUGCUAAGACAUAUCUGGGCGAUGUUGCUCAGAAGUAUGCUACCAUUGCUGGUAUCAGCCUUUCCACUGCCCAAGCCACUGGGGGUGCGGCUGGCGGCACUGGCGCAGGAAUGAUGAUGGAUCCUGCUGCUAUCGACGCCUUAACUAAAGAUCAACGAGCACUAUUUAAGCAGCAACUCGAACUAUUUGCUCGUUAUCUGAAGAUGGACCUGCGCUCUGGCGACAAGGCUUUCAUCGGCUCCCAAGAGAACAACAAGGCUCUACAGGCCCAGCUUGAUCUUUGGAACGUCGAGCACGGAGAAUUCUAUGCCGCCGGAAUCGAGCCAUCUUUCAGUGCCCUCAAGGCUCGUGUAUACGAUUCAUCCUGGAAUUGGGCUCGCCAGGACGCCCUGAGCAUGUACUAUGACAUCAUCUUCGGUCGUCUCAAGGCGGUCGACCGAGAGAUUGUCAGCCAGUGCAUUCGCAUCAUGAACAGAUCAAACCCCACUCUCAUCGAGUACAUGCAAUACCAUAUCGAUAACUGCCCUACUGAGCGUGGAGAGACCUACAAACUCGCCAAGGAGCUGGGUGAGCAGCUUAUUGAGAACUGCAAAGAUGUUCUCAACGAGGCACCUGUCUACAAGGAUGUUUCAGUACCGACUGGACCACAGACCACGGUUGAUGCCCGAGGCAACCUUGACUACCAGGAAGUCCCGCGCCAGAGCGCUCGCAAGCUUGAGCACUAUGUUCGUGAGAUGUCAGACGGUGGCAAGAUCUCGGAGUAUAGCAAUCGCACCAAGGUCCAGAACGAUCUUCGCAAUGUCUACAAAUUAAUUCGCAAGCAACACAAGCUUUCUAAAUCAUCUCAACUUCAAUUCAACAACCUCUACAAGGACGUCAUCCGAGCCUUGGCUAUGAAUGAAUCACAAAUCAUGCCACAGGAGAAUGGCGACUUGAAGAAACCGGGCCGCAAUGGUGCCCUGACUCGUGCUGCAAUGAAUGGCACUGUCAAGCAAGGCAAGACCGAAACCAUCCCCUUCUUGCACCUCAAGAAGAAGGAGGAGCAUGGAUGGGACUAUAGCAAGAAGCUCACCGGUGUCUACCUCGAAGAGCUCGAGAAAGCAGCCAAAUCUGGACUCACCUUCCAAGGCAAGAUGGCUCUGAUGACGGGUGCCGGCGCUGGGUCAAUUGGUGCUGAAGUUCUACAAGGCCUCAUUAGUGGUGGCGCUAAAGUUGUCGUUACAACUAGCAGGUACUCUCGUGAAGUCACUGAGUACUAUCAAUCCAUGUAUGCUCGCUUCGGUGGUCGCGGCGCCCAACUGGUUGUUGUCCCUUUCAACCAGGGUAGCAAGCAGGAUGUCGAAGCUCUCAUCGACUAUAUCUAUGAUAGCAAGAAAGGACUUGGUUGGGAUCUCGAUUUCAUCAUUCCUUUCGCUGCCAUCCCCGAGAAUGGCCGUGAGAUUGACAGCAUUGAUUCCAAAUCUGAAUUGGCUCACCGCAUUAUGUUGACUAACCUGAUCCGCCUGCUUGGUUCCGUCAAGGCCAAAAAAUUCGAGAGCGGAUUCAACAGUCGUCCAGCACAAGUGAUGUUGCCCCUGUCACCCAACCACGGCACCUUCGGAAACGACGGUCUCUACUCGGAAUCCAAGCUCGCUCUUGAGACUUUAUUCAAUCGCUGGUACUCAGAGAGCUGGGGUGAUUACCUCACUAUCUGUGGUGCUGUGAUUGGUUGGACUCGUGGAACUGGCCUCAUGAGCGGCAACAACGUUGUCGCCGAUGGUGUUGAGAAGUACGGCGUCCGAACCUUCUCCCAACAAGAAAUGGCCUUCAACUUGCUUGGUUUGAUGUCACCAGCAAUUGUUGACCUUUGCCAGAAUGAGCCCGUGUUUGCGGACUUGAACGGUGGUUUACAAUUCUUGCCUGAUCUGAAAGAGCUGAUGAGCAAGCUUCGUGCGGAGAUCAUGGAGACUAGCGCUAUCCGCCAGGCUGUCACCAAGGAGACUGCUCUUGAAAAUAAGGUCGUCAAUGGUGAAGACAGUGAAGCUCUCUACAAGAAAGUUACAAUCGAGCCCCGUGCAAACAUCAAAUUUCAAUUCCCCGACCUGCCAGAUUGGAAGCAGGACGUCGAGCCCCUCAAUGGUCGCCUCAAGGGCAUGGUUGAUCUCGACAAAGUUGUAGUUGUCACUGGUUUCUCCGAAGUGGGUCCUUGGGGCAACUCUCGUACUCGAUGGGAAAUGGAGGCAUAUGGCAAGUUUUCCCUGGAAGGAUGUGUUGAGAUGGCUUGGAUGACUGGCCUCAUCAAGAAUCACAACGGGCCCCUCAAAGGCAAAUCAUACUCUGGCUGGGUUGAUGCCAAGACUAGCGAGCCCGUCGAUGACAAAGAUAUCAAAGCCAAGUAUGAGAAGGAGAUUCUUGAGCAUUCUGGCAUUCGUCUUAUUGAGCCUGAAUUGUUCAACGGCUACGAUCCCAAGAAGAAGCAGCUCCUCCAGGAGAUUCAGAUUGAGGAAGACCUUGAUCAAUUUGAAGCUUCCAAGGAGACCGCUGAAGAGUUCAAGCGUCAACAUGGAGACAAAGUGGAGAUCUUCGAACUCGAAUCCGGGGAGUACACAGUUCGUUUGAAGAAGGGCGCUACUUUGCUCAUUCCCAAGGCCCUUAAGUUUGACCGUCUUGUAGCUGGACAAAUCCCAACUGGUUGGAAUGCCAAGCACUACGGUAUCCCCGACGAUAUCAUUUCCCAAGUUGACCAGGUCACCCUAUUUGUCUUGGUCUGCACUGUUGAGUCACUCUUGGCAGCAGGCAUUACAGAUCCAUAUGAGUUUUACAAGUAUGUGCAUCUUUCUGAGGUCGGCAAUUGUGUCGGCUCAGGGAUUGGUGGUACUACCGCGCUUCGAGGCAUGUACAAGGACCGAUUCAUGGACAAGCCUGUGCAGAAAGAUAUUCUGCAAGAAUCCUUUAUCAACACCAUGGCUGCAUGGGUGAACAUGUUGCUUUUGUCCUCUACUGGUCCUAUCAAGACACCAGUUGGUGCUUGUGCUACUGCUGUUGAAUCCAUUGACAUUGGCUACGAGACUAUUGUUGAAGGCAAGGCCCGUGUCUGCUUUGUCGGUGGGUUCGAUGACUUCCAGGAGGAAGGCUCCUACGAAUUUGCCAACAUGAAGGCUACUAGCAACGCCGAGGACGAAUUUGCUCACGGACGCACGCCAAAGGAAAUGUCCCGACCGACCACGACCACUCGCAAUGGUUUCAUGGAAUCCCAAGGUUGCGGUAUGCAAAUCAUCAUGUCUGCUCGCCUUGCUUUGGACAUGGGUACACCAAUCUAUGGUAUCCUUGGUCUGACCACCACGGCAACCGACAAGAUUGGCCGAUCUGUACCUGCCCCUGGUCAAGGUGUUCUCACCACUGCUCGUGAGAACCCUAGCAAAUACCCAUCGCCUCUUCUUGAUAUCAACUACCGCAGGAGACAGCUUGACCUGAGGAGAAAGGCCAUCAAGAAUUGGCAAGAGUCCGAGCUUCUGUAUCUGAACGAAGAAGUUGCAGCUAUGAAGUCCCAGGUUGGCUUCGGCUUCAAUGAGGCCGAAUACAUGGAAGAACGCGCUGCUCAUAUCGAAAUUCAAGCCAAGAAGCAAGAAAAGGAAGCACAAUAUAGCUUGGGCAAUAACUUCUGGAGACAAGACUCUACGAUUGCUCCUCUACGUGGUGCCCUGGCCACGUGGGGUCUUACAAUUGAUGACCUUGAUGUUGCAUCCUUCCACGGAACCUCCACAGUGGCUAAUGACAAGAACGAGUCAGACGUGAUUUGCCAACAGAUGAAGCAUCUUGGCCGCAAGAAGGGCAAUGCUGUAUUGGGUAUUUUCCAAAAGUACUUGACUGGUCACCCCAAAGGUGCGGCCGGUGCAUGGAUGUUCAACGGAUGUUUGCAAGUCCUCAAUAGUGGUCUCGUGCCUGGCAAUCGGAACGCCGACAAUGUUGAUCAAGUGAUGGAGAAAUUUGAUUACAUCGUCUAUCCUAGCCGAACACUUCAGACUGAUGGAGUCAAGGCUUUCUCGGUAACAUCCUUCGGUUUCGGACAAAAGGGUGCCCAGGCAAUUGGUAUUCAUCCCAAGUAUCUCUUUGCUACAUUGGAUGAAGCCGACUUCCAGCGGUAUAAAACCAAGGUAGAGGCAAGACAAAAGAGGGCUUACCGAUACUUCCACAACGGCAUGAUCAACAACACUUUGUUUGUCGCCAAGACUGACGCCCCAUAUGCUGAUGAUAUCAUGCAGAAGGUCUUCUUGAAUCCAGACCAAAGAGUGAUUGCUGACAAAAAGUCUGGUGAACUCACCUACAAACCUGCUCCACCCAAGCAAAACCUCGGCCCUGGAGCUGUGGAGACCAAGGCUAUGCUUGAAUCACUAGCCAAAGCCACUGCCGCCGAGGGAUCUAAGGUUGGCGUUGACGUCGAGGACAUUCUUGCUGUCAACAUUGAGAACGAAACCUUCGUGGAGAGGAAUUUCACUGAGAAGGAGCGAGCCUACUGCAGCAAAACAGCAUCUCCUCAGGCAUCCUUUGCUGGCCGAUGGAGUGCAAAGGAGGCCGUCUUCAAAUCGUUAGGUGUGUGCAGCAAGGGAGCUGGAGCCCCACUAUACGACAUUGAGAUUCUCAGCGACGAGAAUGGAGCCCCCAAGGUCUCUCUGCAUGGUGCCGCGCUAAAAGCUGCAAACGAGGCGGGUGUCAAGAAUGUGAACGUUAGCAUCAGCCAUAGCGAUAGCCAAGCGAUUGCUGUCGCCGUCUCCGCUUUCUGA